GAAUGGGCAAUGACAAGCUGCAGCAAGUAACAAGGGCGAUUGAUGCACGACCCUCCAAGCUCACAGCAUACACGGCCAGGAUAGCUGUAUCAGGAUCCAUAGAUAGCACAGCGGAACGUUUGUGUGCAAAGCAAAAACAAAGACAUCGCAGAAUGCCAGCAGAAGCAUCGUCAUGAUUGCUCGCUCCGUGUUUCUACCUUGAUCACCUCGACACCGACACAUGCACACGACGCCAACUCGACAGCACGACAAGUCUCCGUCUCAAAUACUUCUUCACAGAGCAUUAUGACCAAUCCCUACCCAUACUCUCCAUCUUAUCGUCGCCUAAAUCAACCUCUCUCCACAUCGUCGUACGCUUCAGUCGCUGCUGGCGCGGGCUCCCAGUCGUCUCCCGCUCGCUUCGGCGCUCUCUCCCACCUUCUCCAUCCUGAAGACGACCCUCCGACGCGCAAUAACAUGUCGUCGACCAAACAGCAAGAUCCCUGGCAUGCCACUUCUUAUCUCUCGACCAAGAUGCCCGAUCAGGACACCCCGCCAUCCCCUCCACUCUUCAUCCGCCCCUCAUAUCUUCGCAACUCGCGCCAUGUCGAGAGGCUCGAAACACACCACAACCUAGAAGUCGCCGACUUUGAUGAAUCGCGCCGACACUCGCUUCCCAACUCCUCCCCUCAAGACCUAUCCGCGAACAUCGGCAGUGCCACCGUCCACAGAUCGAGGAAGAGUAUCAUUCAAGACUACCUAGUUCGCAAUCCUCAAAGGAACAGUGGCCCAAAGAAGCUACCGACAUGUUGGAGCGACAUAGACAAGUGGCCUGGCCUUGAACUGUCUGCUGGAGGCACCGAGGUCAAGUUCACUGGCUCCACAAAGACAAGCGAUGAGGCUGCCUCCAUCCGGAGCGACCAUCCUAUGCCAAGGGAGGUUGGCAUAUACUACUUUGAGGUUACCGUCCUAUCCCGGGGGAAAGAAGGUUUGAUUGGUAUCGGCUUUUCCGGCCCAAAGGCCAGCCUUAACCGCUUACCAGGCUGGGAGCCCGAAUCGUGGGCAUAUCACGGCGAUGACGGCUUCAGCUUCUCAUGCACUGCCAGUGGGAAGCCAUACGGUCCCAAGUUCGCCGCCUGGGAUGUCGUCGGUUGUGGUGUCAACUUCGAGACCGGGAGCGCAUUCUUCACCAAGAAUGGUGUCUUCUUGGGCGAAGCAUUUCAUAACGUGAGAGGCGACAAGCUGUACCCAUCUGUGGGUAUGAAGAAGAACAACGAACACCUUCGAGUGAAUUUCGGUAGCGAUCCGUUCGUCUACGACAUCGACUCUAUGAUGGAGCGUCAAAGGGACAGAGUAAAAGAAGACAUCAACAAGACUUCAGUGGACACUUUGGAUACUGCCCAUGACGAGACGCUAUUGAUCCAGGAGCUCAUAGCGCAAUACCUCGCUCAUGAUGGCUAUGUUGAGACUGCCCGUGCCUUUAACAAAGAAGUUCGGGACGAGAGAAAACCUCUAUAUCUGGACGGGGAUACUGUCUCAUUAUUCGAUCCCUCACAGGACAUUCAUGCCAUCAAUCGACAAAAAAUACGUGCAGCCAUUCUCGAAGGAGAUGUUGACAAAGCGCUGAAGUAUACGACCACCUACUACCCACACGUUCUGGAGCGAGAUGAGAACAAAGACAUUUAUUUCAAACUUCGCUGUCGCAAAUUCAUUGAAAUGAUGUGCCGGGUAAAUGACCUGCAAACAACAGAUCCGACUCCCAUUGCCCCGAAAGCAGUUGGCAAGCUGCCCCAAAAGAUGACAGAGUCGAACGGUGCAUCAUUCGAUCAACAAAUGGAGCUCGAUGACCAGCUACACCGGGAAUCACACGCACCAAUCAUUCCACCAAUGCCUGUCCCAUCGCCUUUCAACCCUGAAAUACGCUUUGGUGAUCUUUCAAAGGACGACAGGAUGGAUGAAGCACCCGACUCCUUCAGGCCAUCGCAUUCCACGAACAGCGAAAGCUUGCUCUUCGAUGCGCUCGAGUUUGGUCAAGAAUUAAAAGAGGAAUUUAGCAGCGAUCCUCGACCUGCCGUGCGAAAGGCGCUGGACGACACCUUUGCUCUGAUUGCCUAUCAAGAUGCUCGAGAAUCUAUUGUAGGCGGUCUUAUGGAAGGUAAGGGCAGAGUAGAGAUUGCUGAAGAGGUCAACAGCGCGAUAUUAGUGUCACUUGGCAAACCAUCGUCUGCCGCUCUGGAAAAAGUCGUCGCUCAAGCAGAGGUCUUGGUAGACAUGCUGAGUACGGAUGGCGGAGCUGGCGCAUUUGUGAACGUACGCAAGGACUGUCUGCAAUAAGAGGCGCAAAGUCAGGGCGGGAGACUAUAUUAUUUCGAUUCGAUCCGGCGUGACGAAUACUACGCAUUUCAACUGGAGUAAGGAAGGGGAGAACAUCUUUCUUUUUUCUUGGAGUGCUGCACGCAUGCUCGGCCCUCUUUUUUCUGUACAUGUCAGGACAUAACACGCCUUCAUUCCAGUCAACCAAUUUUGCAUCUGCGACUAACUACAAUUUUCUUUUCGUGUCUUUGAGUUGAUUUUACAGGCUUGUAUACACGAAUGAUUCAUAACAUCAGUCAUUGCGCGU